UGAUCGUGUUCAACCUCCUUAGCCCGAAUUGAUUGAUACAUCAGUUGCGUAUCUCAGCCCUCACCGUGGUCCAACACAAACGACCUCCCACCCUGCCUCUCGCACGUUGCCGACGAUCCUCCACCCUCCUUGCUGCACGUCGCUGACGAGCCAGGAACACUCCCCCUCGCCGGAAUCAUUCGACCACCCUAGUCGCCACAGCUUCAGCCUUCAGGCGAUUUUGGUGCCGAGUUCAGUCAAUAGAACAUUGCUCAUCUGAAGAAAAAGAUUAAACAUGGAUGCAAAUGUUUCAAAAAUCCAACAACAACUCACCGAGCUUGAAAUUGAAGCUGAACAUCUACUUUUGGCACGGCAUCAGGUUGUUGAAAAUGACAGGUUAAGGAAUGGGAACAGGGAAGCAUUAACAGCGCUUAGGAAGACGGCUCGUACAACAAAAAGUAGCAUUCCUUCUCCAUUUGAGUCUAUCAUGAAAGAAAUUGGGGGGCGUGGUUCUAAGCCAUUGGUUCAAGAAAUUUGUCCAACCUGUGGUAAACAUGAUGCCACUGAGAAUAUGUGGAUGAUGUUCCCUGGAACUGAUGUCUUUGCUCAGAUCCCCUUUCAUGCAGCUCAUACUAUAUUAGAGGAAGAUCAAGAACGACUAGACUCAGACUUGAAGGAGCUGCAGAGUGUUGUGAAAGAGAAAACUCUGAUAAUCUCGGAAAAGGGUGCUCUUGCUGACAAGAUUAGCCCGGCGAUCUUGAGGUCUUUAGUAACAUUAACGGAUAAAAAGUAAUUCGUGUCUGCUUAAAUGAACUAGUUUUGACACUCUACUCUGUAUAAUCUAAUUAUCUAAUUUUGUACAUCGUUAGACUAUGUUUAGUUCACCACCUGUAUUCUUUUUUACCUGAUUUAGUCUCAACUUCUUUUUAAUGUGAUAUGUAUUGAACUUAUUUUACUGAUCCAAUCAAAUUCCUUUUAUUUUUCUUCUAA